AUGGACGGCGGUCACGGCGAGGGGAGCGCGGGCGGUGAGGGAUCUGGGCGCGGAGCACGAGGAAGGGGUGGUCGGGGGGGAUUCCGCGGAUCGGGGGGAAGGAGCAGGGGGUUUGGCGGAAGGCGAGGGGGAUUCGGACAUGGACAUGGGGGAGUAGAGGCGGGGGCAAGCAGGGGAGAUGGCGGGGGAGGAGACCGGGGGAGGGUACGAGGGAGGGGGAGAGGCGGUCAGGAAAGGAAUAACGGGCAGCUAGGAACCGAAAUUCUAUCUGCUAACAACGACACGCAGCUGCCUGCAUCGAUGGCUACUAAUACGAGCGCGGGGGUUCCUGAAUCCGCCGUUAUAGUCAACCCCGACAUUGUGACGACAUGUGUGGCAGCGUCUUCUAUUAUCGCAACGGCGAAGCGAGUUGUAGUGGUCACUUCGGGAGGCGCAGAAUCGCAAUCUGUGGAGGAGGAUCAGGCGGCGCGGAAGAGGAAGAAGAAAGAGCGACAGAAAGAGAAGAAGGAGAUGAUGAGGAAGAUGGAGACGCAGGCAGAGGAAGCAGCUGGAGUGAGGAAAGAUGCAAUUGAGCAGCAGGCGCGAGCCUCAAAUGCUGAAACGCCAGCUGUACCGGCUGAAUCUACGGACGCUGCAGAGGAGGAUAAGCCUUUGGUUCCUGAGGCGCCGCAACAGGCCGAUACGACGGACGCUGCAGAGGAGGACGAGGCGGCGACUUCUAAGGCGACUCAAACGGCUGGAUCCGUAAAAGCCACAGAGGAGGAUAAGGCGGCGCGGAAGAGGAAGAAGAAAGAGAGGCAGAAGGAGAGGAAGGAGAUGAUGAAGAUGAUGCUGCAGGAGAAGCAGGCAGAGGAAGCAGCCGGAGUGGGGAAAGAAGCAAUUGAGCAGCAGGGGCGAGCCGCAGAAGCUGAAAAGCCAGCUGCAUGGGCUGAAUCGACGGACGCUGCAGAGGAGGACACUAAGGCGGCGACUCAAAAGGCUGAAUUCGUAGAAGCCGCAGACGAGGAUAAGGCGGCGAAGAAGAGGAAGAAAAGAGAGAGGCAGAAGGAGAAGAAGGAGAUGAUGAAGAAGAUGCUGCAGGAAAAGCAGGCGGAGGAAGCAGCAGCAGUAUCGAAAGACGGAAUUGAAACCAAGGCGCCUCAAAAGGCUGAAACUUCGGAAGCUGCAGAGGAGGAGAAGGCGGAGACUAUCAAGGCUCCUCGAAAGGCUGAAUCUUCGGAAGCUGCAGAGGAGGAGAAGGCGGAGACUAUCAAGGCGCCUCGAAAGGCUGAAUCUUCGGAAGCUGCAGAGGAGAAGGCGGCACGGAAGAAAGAGAAGAAGAGAGAGAAGAAGGCGAAGAAGAUGCUGGAGAAGCAGGCAAAGGAAGCAGCAGGAGCGGGAAAGGAAGCGUCUGAUGAAGCUGCACCGUCCAAACCAGAGUCGAAUCCGGCCAUACCACAGCCGAUCCCGUCACCACAGCCGAUCCCGUCACCACAGCCGAUCCCGUCAAAUCCUGAGCUGAUUCCGUCAAAUCCUGAGCUGAUUCCGUCAAAUCCUGAGCUGAUUCCGUCAAAUCCUGAGCUGAUUCCGUCAAAUCCUGAGCUGAUUCCGUCAAAGCAAAAUCCUGGAGCUGAAAUUUUGUCAAAGCAGCCUCCUGAACCUGAAAGUUCGACGGAUGCGGUGGGAUAUGCAGGGGAGGGACAAAGUGAGGUGGAGAGUAGGGAAAGGGAAAAGAAGGAGAAGAAGAAGCAGAAGAAGGAAAGGUUGAAGGGGAAGCAGCAGAAGCAGCAGCAGAAGCAGCAGCAGAGAGGUGGCAGUGCUGGUCCUCCGAUCAAGCAGGGCAGGGAUGGGACUGGUUUAGGGUUUAAGUUUCCCCCGCCAAGUGGUUGGGGGGAUACAGGACCCACGAGUGCAGAGGGAGGCUCUGUGGCUCUUGAUUCGGUUCCUAAGUCAUCUGUCUCGGUGGAGUGGGGUGAUUCAACCCAAAAGUCAUCCGUUUCGGUGGACUGGGGUUCAGUGGCGCCCAGUAGUUGGGAUGCGAGGACCUGCGGGCAAGAUCGGGUCGAUGCUUUUACAGGGGCUGGCAAUAGCGAGGACAAGGGGAAGGAGAAGGGUUUUCGGGGGGUUUUCGCCCCUCACUUGCCCCUUGAAGUUGCCAAGCAGAGGAUUCAGGAUGGCACCCUUUUUGCCGCAUCAUUCAGGGUCAACGCGCGGAACCGAUUUGAGGCGUAUGUGACUAUCGAGGGAGCUCCUCGGGAUGUCCUGAUUUACGGUCUCAAGGCACAGAACCGAGCGGUCGAAGGAGACACAGUAGCAGUGGAAGUAGACUCUCCGUCUCUGGAACCCAGUGAUCCACGGAUAGUCACCACACACGAAGAAGGUAGCGAUCCAAACGCUCACAGUGCAGCAGGCUGGGGUAUAGCGAGUGGAGCUGAGUCAGUUGGAGGAGGAAGAGGAGGGAGAGGAGGGAGAGGAGGGCAACGAGGGCAGGGAGAGGAGGGAAGUAGGCAAAGAGGGAAGGCGGAGGCGGUAGAGAGACUGGCGCGGGCAGUGAGGGCCAAUCCGGAUCUGCGGCUGACGGGGCGUGUGGUGGCGAUUGUUCAUUGGUCGGCUCGGAGAGAGGCGGUGGUGGGACGGCUGGAGCUGCUUCCUGCUGCAGGUGCGCAGAUAGAGAAGGAGAGGCAGAGGCGACGGGCUGUGGAGAGGAAGAAGCGAGUGGGGGGGAAGAAGCAGCAGAAGAAGGAGAAGCAGGAGCACCAGCAGAAGAAGCUGGGACAGAAAAUGCAACAGCAGGAGGAGCAGGAGGAGCAGCAGGAGCAACAGGGGCAACAGGUGGCGAAGGAGGGAGAUGUGAAGGUGUAUGAGAGUGGGGAGAAUAGCGGUGGGGAUGAGAUUGAAGAUGGGGAGGUGGUUGGGGAAGAGGAAGAGGGGGAGGUGAUUGGGAAGGAGGAGGAAGUGAAGGAGGGGGAAGUAGUUUUGGAAGAAGGCGAGGUGGUUGGGGAGGAGGGGGAAGUGGUUCUAGAGGAGGGGGAGGUGGUUUUAGAGGAGGGGGAGGUGGUUUUAGAGGAGGGGGAGGUGGUUGGGGAGGAGGACGCGGUAUUCCUGUCGACGGAAGCUGCGGUGGCGCCGGCGACUGCAGCAGCGAACCAUCUGGUGGAGGAGCUGAUGCUGCUGGCCAACACCACCGUCGCCAACAUCAUUUCUAGGGCGUUCCCUUCCGAUGCCCUCCUCAGGCUCCACCCCCCUCCCAACGCCAAGAAGAUGGGCGAUUUCCUGCGCUUCGCCUGCAACCAGGGCGUGCUCUCAACAGCCUUCUGCAAGAAGCUGGUGCGGGAGUGCCCGGAACUGAAGCAGCUUAUAGCGGGUACAGGCGGGGGAAAAGGGCCAGGAGACUCGGAGGAGACAGAAGAAGGGGAGACGGAGGGAGCCGGGGGUAGCAUGGAUUGUGUAAUACCGUCCAAAGUGCUAAGUGAAAUACUUAACGAGGUGGGAAGGGCAGUGGUGGACCCAGGGGAGAAAGCGCUGCUGCUGCUCAUGGCUACUAAACCCAUGCAGCUGGCUCAGUACUUCUGCCGAGGACAGUGGGGUGAGCAUGAUGGGGGUGAUAGCAAUGGGGAUGGUCAUGAGGAGUGUGAUAAUGGUGAUGGGUUUUUUGGGGAGGUGGAUCUGGGGGAGGUAGGUCUGGUGGCCGCAGUGGCGGUUGCAGGUACAUCUGGCGAUACCGGUGAAGGUGAGUGGACGUCUCAUUACGGUCUCGCUCUCGACCUAUACACGCAUUUCACCUCCCCGAUCCGCCGCUACGCUGACGUCAUCGUGCACCGCCAGCUGGCGGCCGCGCUGGCAGCAGAGGAGAGGCUUAUAGCGAGGAUGGGGCUUAGCAGCAGUUUGAAGUGGGAGAAGUGGGCGUUGGGUGCAGGAGAAGGGGGAGGGCGUGCAGGAGAGGCAGGAGCAGCAGUAGCAGCAGGAGGAAAAGCAGGAGGGGCAGGAGGAAAAGCAGGAGGAGCAGGAGGAAAAGCAGGAGAGGCAGGACGAAAAGCAGGAGAGGCAGGGGCAGCAGUAGCAGCAGGAGGAAAAGCAGGAGGGGCAGGAGGGAGAGGAGGAGCAGAAGGAGCAGGAGUGAGAGGGCAUGGGGCGAGUAGCUCUAGUGAUGUUACCUUACUCAGAAAGCUCACUGGGGUAGCGGCUGGAGGUAAGGUGAUUACUGCUGUGGGGGAUCCAUUGGGGCUGCUGGCAGGGUGCCGAGGGAGUCGGGGAGACGGGAGGGGAGAGGGGAAGGGAGAGGGGAGGGGAGAAGGGAGGGGAGAGGGGAGGGGAGAGGAGAAGGGAGAGUUUGCAGGGGAGGGUUUGCAGGGAGGGAGAGGAGGGGGGAGAGAGGGGGACAGGAGAGGAGGGAGAGGAGGGGGGAGAGAGGGGGACAGGAGAGGAGGGAGAGGAGGGAGACAGGGAGGGAGGGGGGGAGGGAGAGGGCGGGGAGGGAGAGGAGGGCGAGGAGGAGGAGGAGGAUCAGGAGGCGGAGAGGUGAAUGAAGACAAGAAGAGCUUGUUACGCCGGGAGCUGGUAACCGCAGUCCGGCGCGAGUGCCAGCUUGUGCACAAGGAACGAGCGAUGCCGCCUGCAAACGCCGUCGCUGACGUGGCGACGCGGUGCAACGAGAGGAAGCUCGCCGCCCGAUACGCGCAGGAGGCGAGCGAGCGGCUGUUCCUGUGCCUGCUGCUGAAGCGCACCCAGGGGUGCCUCUCGAACGCGUGGGUCACAGCCAUUGGGCCACGCUACAUGAACGUCUACAUUGAACGCUUUGGGAUGGAACGACCCAUUCACUUCAACUCCAUCCCCAACACCAUAUGCCAGUGGUUCGCAGCCACUAGCACCAUCAUCAUCAGCGCCAAGCCUCCACCUUCCGAUGCUAACACCAAGGCUCGGAAUGGAAAGGCUCGGAAAGACCAGGCUCGGGACGGUGAGGCUGGCAGCGCCGCAGAGUGCAAGGCAGCGGCAGUGGCGGGUCUAUCAGCAAAUGAUUUGGCCCAUAUGAUAUCACCAUCAGCGUUGGUUCAGAGUGAUGGUGCUGGUGGUGGUGGUGGUGGUGGUGGUGGUGGUGGUGGUGGUGGUGGUGGUGGUGGUGGUGGUGGUGGUGGUGGUGGUGGUGGUGGUGGUGGUGGUGGUGGUGGUGGUGGUGGUGGUGGUGGUGGUGGUGGUGGUGGUGGUGGUGGUGGUGGUGGUGGUGGUGGUGGUGGUGGUGGUGGUGGUGGUGGUGGUGGUGGUGGUGGUGGUGGUGGUGGUGGUGGUGGUGGUGGUGGUGGUGGUGGUGGUGGUGGUGGUGGUGGUGGUGGUGGUGGUGGUGGUGGUGGUGGUGGUGGUGGUGGUGGUGGUGGUGGUGAGGGGAGCAGUGGCAGUGCAGUGGCAAGUGAAGGUUUGGAGGAUUCAACUGCGGUUUCAGGCCUGGCAGCAGAUGACCUUGCCCACAACAUCUCGCCUGAUUUGCUAGAAGGAGAUGACGAUGCAGAUGGUGGUACAGGUGGUGCUUAUAACGAGGAUGACAGUAUCCUGCUGGUUGAUGGUGGGCUGGCAGCUGCGGCAGAGGCGGCAGCGGGAGCGGGGGACGAGGGAGAAGGGGGAGUGGUGCAGCCUGUGGUGCUGCCUCUGACUCUCCGUGUGAUGUCUCAGGUGCCUGUGUAUGUGCAUGCCACAGGGGGUGGCAAGCAGUUGAUGGACAUUGGGACUCGUUUGUAUGUUGGCUGA